GGCCCGCCCCGGGCCGUCUUCCACGUGGCAGCUGUCGGCCAGGAUCGAGAGACCGCGGGGACACCGGGCGCCUGGCUCGCGGCCGGCAUGGCCCCCACGCUGCAGCAGGCGUACCGCAGGCGCUGGUGGAUGGCGUGCACCGCGAUGCUGGAAAACCUCUUCUUCUCGGCCGUGCUCCUGGGCUGGGGCUCCUUGCUGAUCAUGCUCCAGAAGGAGGGCUUCUACUCCGUCCUGUGCUCAGCGGCGAAUGCUACCAACACCUCCCAGGAUGAGCAGCGUGAGUGGCUGAGCUGUGACCGCCAGGAAGAGAUGCUCAACCUGGGCUUCACCAUCGGCUCCUUCGUGCUCAGCGCCACGACCCUGCCGCUGGGGAUCCUCAUGGACCGCUUUGGUCCCAGGCCCACGCGGCUGGUUGGCAGCGCCAGCUUCGCUGCGUCCUGCACCCUCAUGGCCCUGGCCUCUCGGGACACCAGAGUCCUCUCUCCGUUGAUAUUCCUGGCGCUGUCCCUGAAUGGCUUUGGCGGCAUCUGCCUAACGUUCUCUUCACUCACGCUGCCUAACAUGUUUGGGAACCUGCGGUCCACGUUCAUGGCCCUCAUGAUCGGCUCUUACGCCUCUUCUGCCAUCACGUUCCCGGGCAUCAAGCUGAUCUGUGACGCUGGCGUGUCCUUCAUGGUCAUCAUGUUCACCUGGGCGGGCCUGGCCUGCCUCAUCUUUCUGAACUGUGCCCUCAACUGGCCCAGCGAAGCCUUUCCUGCUCCUGAGGAAGUUGACUACACGAAGAAGAUCAAGCUCAGCGGGCUGGCCCUCGAUCACAAGGUGACAGGUGACCGCUUCUACACCCAUGUGACCGUUGUGGGCCAGCGGCUGAGCCAGAAGGCCCCCAGCCUGGAGGAGGGGGCUGACGUCUUCAUCUCGUCCCAGGAUGUUCGUGGCACUUCAGAAAGGCCUCCUGAGAAGUCCGUCCCCUUCCGCCAGAGCCUCUGCUCCCCCAUUUUCCUGUGGAGCCUCCUCACCAUGGGCAUGACCCAGCUGCGGGUCAUCUUCUACAUGGCCGCCAUGAACAAGAUGCUGGAGUACCUUGUGACCGGAGGCAAGGGACACGAGACGGACAUCCUGACAAAAAGGGCGGCAGAGACAGUUGGGUUCUACACCUCCAUCUUUGGGGCCAUGCAGCUGUUGUGCCUUCUCACCUGCCCCCUCAUUGGCUACAUCAUGGACUGGCGCAUCAAGGACUGUGUGGACCCCCCCAGUGAGGGCACUGCCCUCGGAGAUGCCAGGGAUGGGGUGGCCACCAAGUCGGCCAGACCCCGCUACCGCAAGAUCCAGAAGAUCACCAACGCCAUCAACGCCUUCACCCUGACCAACUUCCUGCUGGUGGGGUUUGGUGUCACCUGCCUCAUCAACAGCUUACACCUGCAGGUUCCCGUCCAACCACUUUGGGACGCUGACGGGUCUGCAGUCUCUCAUCAGUGCUGCAUUUGCCCUGCUGCAGCAGCCGCUUUUCAUGGCCAUGGUGGAACCCUUGAAAGGAGACCCCUUCUGGGUGAAUCUGGGCCUCCUGCUCUUCUCACUCCUGGGAUUCCUGCUACCUUCCUACCUCCUCUACUACCGUACCCAGCUCCAGAGGGAGUAUGCCACCAACUGGAAGGGCCCGCAGAAGGUGCUUGGGAGCCUGGAGAUGACUGCAUAGACCUCUGCAGCCACAGGGCCCUGGAUGACAUGCAGCCAAGGCCCGAGCUACCAAAGGGAAUGCCUCAUACGGCUUUUCUACCUGUAACAUACGCGCAGAGCUGGGCCGUGGAUUUAUAAAUACCAAGAGAAGUUCUAUUUUUGUAGGGACUUGCUAAAAGGAGAAAAAAAAAGAACUAAAAAAAAAAAAUUUUCCCCAAAGCAAUGAUGCUCCAUUGAUUGAAGACAGCCCUGUGCUAGAAGGCCGUCUUCCUCCUCAGAGUGGAGGAGGCCAGGAUGCAGGGGCUGCCUUUUCUCUGGGCCUUCAUCCUGCUUCCUGGGGGGUUGUGGGAUCAGUAAACAGGCUACUCCUAGGGUUCUAGCUCUGCAGUGCUCAGAGAGUAUGCAAGUGUACACUCGCACAUGUACGUGUUUGUGUGCGUGUGAGUGUGUGUGUGUGUCUGUGUGUGUGUAUGAAACUUCCCCUCUGAGGAAAGGGGCCUGAGGUGCUGGCUGUGUUCUGGAUGGGGUGGUGGGGGGGAUAAGCCCCUUCCGGGGCCGGAGGGCGGGUUCCCUCCCUGGUACUGCCUUUUGUAGGUCUUAGAGGAAAUAAAAAAGGAAGUGAGAGAC